AUGGACGAUUUGAAAAGGAAAAAACGGACGUGCGGUGGACACCGUUCGUUCGUUAAGAAAACCCUGGGAGAGGUAAAAGGACUGCUUUCCAAUCCUGAAUUGGAAAGAGAGACGUUAUAUAAUCGAAAGUCCUCCUUGAAGAGCAACUUGGUGUAAUCCAAACGCUGGAUAACGACAUCUUAAAGGCUUUAGAAGACAAAGACGAGACCGAGGAAGCAGUUAUUGCGAACGAGAUCGAAGAGGCAGGAGUAUUGAGGGCGGAUAUAAAAGCUGCCAUACGAUUGUUGGAAGAAGCCCUGCCGCAAAAGAAUAGCGAAAGCGAAGCGAACAGUGAGGGGGCGAGCUUAAAUGAAAGUACUGUAUCCAGCAAGAAAUCCGUUCGCGUGAGGUUACCGAAACUCGAAUUGCGAAAGUUUGACGGGAAAAUCGAGCGAUGGCAAGAAUUUUGGGAUUCGUUUAAAAGCUCGGUGGAUGAAAACCCUGAUUUAUCAGAGGUGGACAAGUUCUCGUAUUUACGUGGACUAUUAAAGGAUCAGGCGAGAGAUUGUAUUUCUGGGUAUGCUUUAACGUCAGCAAAUUACAAGAGUGCAAAGGAACAACUACAGCAAAGAUACGGGCGAAGCAACGUUAUACAAAAGACGCAUAUAAGGGAAUUACUGAAGCUUCAACCAGUCUACAGCGACCGAGACCCUUCGAGAUUGCGAGCAUUGUACGACGCGACAGAAACGCACCACCGUGGACUGAAAGCUCUUAACGUAGAACAGGAAAGUUACUCUUCAAUUGUGGUGCCAGCUAUAAUAGACAAACUACCAGAAACUGUACGACUAAGCAUUACGCGAGGAAAGAAACACGACGAAUGGAAUAUGGACGAUUUGUUGAGUGAACUGUUGAGUGAACUAGAAUUGCGGGAAGAACACUGGACACCUAAACCACCACGAGCUGAAAACGGCAAUGCCAAGGGUGAUCUUCGAAGUGCGUCAGCCUUGAUAGCCAAAUCAGAAGAAGAAAGAUGCGCUUAUUGCUUGGGACGACACGCUCAUGAGAGCUGUGAUAAAGUAAGUAGUGUAAAAGAUAGAAAAUUAGUAGCACGUAGAUAUGGACGAUGCUUUGCAUGUUUAAGUAAAGGACAUGUAUCCAAGGACUGCCGUCGAAAAACUAAUUGUAAAAUAUGUAGUAAGGGGGGCCACCAUGUAUCUCUUUGUGAAUCCAAAGGGGAGGGAAAUAUUUCGGCCAGUAAUGGAAGUCCAACAAUGCAUGUUCGAUCCGAGAGUCGAGUGGUGUUGCAAACUGCGCAAGGCAUACUGAAAGGUGCUCAAAAUGCAGCACGAAUUCGCGUGAUGUUUGAUACGGGGAGUCAUAAGUCUUUCGUGACUUCCAAGGUCGUAAGGGCUGCGGGGUUGCCAGUAAAAAGGAAAGAAUGGUUAGAAAUUAGCACGUUUGGUAAAGCGAUGAAUGAUUAUAAGCUGCGAGAUGUUUUUGACCUUGAGAUUGCACCUUGCAAGGGGGGAGAAGCGGUUACUAUAGAAGCGUAUUGUGUUGGGCUAUUGCUCAAGUUCGAAAUGAGCAUAUUGAGUUGCGAAAGGGGGAAAAUCCUCACUUACGGGGACUUUGGUUCUCGGAUGUGU